CUGUGGUUAUUUCAGCCAGUCAUUUAGAAGCAGCAGCCUGUCUCUCUCUUUCAAUCACUCCCUCGCUCACUCUCACACUCACCAGCAUGCAUUCCUUCUCGGCUCCUCACUCCCCCUCUCAUUGUAAGCCUGUCCUUUCCUUCCAGAAGAGAGGGAUCAUGCUUCGUCCUUUUCCCUCCUCCUUCUCCUCCUCCUCUUCUUCACUUCCUCACUAUCAUUCUGGAGUCUCUGUAUCAAACGGAGCACUUUCACCACGUUUUCCUUCUGAGCAUAGCAUUGGAAGCUGUCCCUCUCUUCUCAGCAUGGUGGACUUUUAGAAGCGGGAUUUCCUGGGCUAGGACGCUUGCACAUCAGCUCUCUACACUAACAAAGGUUCCGGUUGGGAUGCAAGUCUUAGUGGGACACCUGCUUUUCUCACAGGACAGCUCACUUCUCCUUGAAGUUUAAGGACAAUCCAGGAAUCUCUUCAUUUUUUUUUGUCUGUGUGUGAGAGAGUGAGAGUGUGUGUGUUGUUCUGUUAAGAUUUGGUUAUGAGUGUGUAAGAGAGUCUGUGUGUGAGCGAGUCUGUGUGUGAGAGAGUCUGUGUGUAGCUGUGUGUGUUGCUCUGUAUGCAGUGCAGUCCGCUCCCGCUCCUGGUUCUUGACUGGAGGGUUUCGCCGACGCUGGAGGGUGAAGGAGACCCCCACUGCAGUGGACCCGCUGUCCCCUACUCCCGGAGAACCUCCCCAGUGGCACAGACUAGUAUGAGAAGCGGAGGGAAGAGAAAGAGAAGGGCUGAGAGCCAGGUAUAACAAACAGAGAGAAAGAGGUAGAACGAGAGGGGACUUUUCGACAAAACAGUGAAGUGCAUGACCACUAAAGGAGACAAAAACCACUUCAGGAGAGACAAAGACACUACAGACACAUACAACCCAGUGAAGACUGGAGCAAGGCUGGCAAGCAGCCCCAGCAGCCAAACACCACCACCACCGACAGUACAGCCAGCACCAUGCAGGUGUCGUUUGCAUGUUCGGACCAGGACGGAGGAAGAGGAGGGCUGAGGCCCCCGGGGAAUGGAGGGCACAGCAAGCAGAAUGCCACCAGUGCCAACACGGCCAGCCAGGCGCGGGCACGUUUCCGUACGGUGGCCCUCAUCGCCCGCAGCCUGGGCUCCUUUACCAACCGCUACCACCACAACCUCAAGGAGUCCACCGCCAAGCUCACUGGCAUGAAGUACCGGAACCUGGGGAAAUCAGGCCUGCGUGUUUCCUGUUUGGGCCUCGGUACUUGGAUAACGUUUGGAGGUCAGAUUUCAGAUGAGGUGGCUGAGCAGCUGAUGACCAUCGCCUACGAGAACGGGGUCAAUCUCUUCGACACAGCCGAAGUUUACGCUGGGGGGAAAGCCGAGAUAAUCCUGGGGAACAUCAUCAAGAAAAAGUGCUGGAGGAGGUCGAGUCUGGUGAUCACCACCAAGCUCUACUGGGGAGGAAAAGCGGAGACAGAGAGAGGACUCAACAGAAAGCACAUAAUUGAAGGUCUGAGGAGCUCUCUACAGAGGAUGCAGCUGGAGUAUGUGGAUGUGGUGUUUGCCAACCGGCCCGACAGCAACACCCCCAUGGAGGAGAUUGUGAGGGCGAUGACCCAUGUGAUCAACCAGGGUAUGUCCAUGUACUGGGGGACAUCACGAUGGUCUGCCAUGGAGAUCAUGGAGGCGUACUCUGUGGCUAGGCAGUUUAACCUGAUCCCUCCAGUGUGUGAGCAGGCCGAGUAUAAUUUCUUCCAGAGGGACAAGGUUGAGACACAGCUGCCUGAGCUCUAUCACAAGAUAGGUGUGGGUGUGGUAUCCUGGUCGCCUCUAGCUUGUGGAAUCAUCACUGGGAAGUAUGAGAAUGGUAUCCCAGAAUGCUCCAGGGCCUCCAUGAAGCCGUAUGCCUGGUUGAAGGAGAAGAUAGUGAGUGAGGAUGGGAGGAAACAACAGGCCAAGCUGAAGGAGCUGACUACCAUCUCUGAGAAGCUGGGUUGCACUCUGCCACAACUAGCCAUCGCCUGGUGCCUGAGGAAUGAAGGAGUGAGCUCAGUGUUGCUGGGAACAUCCAGCCCCAUCCAGCUUGCAGAGAACCUGAGGGCCAUGGAGGUCAUUCCAAAGAUGACAGCAGGCAUUGUUACAGAGAUUGACCACGUCUUGGGAAACAGACCGCACAGUAAGAAGGAAUUUCAUCAAGCACAUUAGGAUAGACCAUUUUACAGAACUGUGAUUGAUCGGCCUAAUCUGGACAAGAUCUCAUCAGUGGCACCUCCAGUGUGUGCCCAACCCUGCUCUUGUGUAUGUGUGUGUGUUCUGCACAGCUCCUCCGUCUGCCUCGUCCGUAUGAAGAUCAGCCUGUACUCAAUGUCGUUAACUGAGAGCUCUACUUGACAAAGCAUGCAUGCCACAGCUCUGCUACAGUGCAGACAGUUUAAACUUGCCUAAACAAUCAUUGUUAUCAAGAUGUGCUCAUAAAAGAAAAUCACACCAUUUCUUGAAUGGGGUCCAUCUAUUUGUAAAAGUAGUCUUUCUCUUGAUUUGAGAGCAACUUCCUCUGUCUCUGUAACGUCAGAGGAUAGUGUAUAGUGCACCUCAAACAAUAAUUAAUCCUCAGAGCCACCAAUGAGCUUUAAAAGCAUGGCUGUAAUACAUUUUUAGACAUGCAUGGAUCAGGGGAGGUUAAACAUAAUUCCAAGGCACUAAAUAUCCCUUUGAGUAUGGUCAAGUAUGGUAAUUCAUCUCUGGAUGGUGUAUCAUAUCACCCAGACACUGCAAAGAUCUGGCCACCCUUCCUAAAUGUGCUGUGGCUGAGAAUGGAAACUGCUCAGGGAUGUCACUAUGAGGCUAAAGACAUACAUGGAUCAACAACACCCCAUUCACUCCAUAUUACUGGCAUGUAUGACAAAGUAAAAAGAAGGAAGCCCGUGCUAAAAAAUCCAUUCUAAAUCAUCCAUCCAGUUUGCAACAAGGCCAUUAAGUAAUACUGCAAUACAUUGUGGCAAAGAAAUUAACUUUUUGGACUAAAUAAGGAAACAGGAAACGUUUGGGGCAAAUCCAACGCGACACAUCACAGAGUGAAAACCUCUGUAUUUCCAAGUAUUGUAGUGGCAGUAUCAUGUUAUGGGUAUGCAUGUCACCGGCAAUAUCUGGGGAGUUUGUCCAGAUCAAAAUAAAUAUAAAUGGAGCAAAGCAAAUCUAACAUUUUACAGGAAAACAUGCCUCAUUCCUCUGAAGACCUAACACUAGGAUAUAAUUGUAUUUUUCAGAGGGAAAUUUGUAUGACUUUUAAGGCCAAAAACACUCCAGAAUGGCUUUCGAAUAGAUGUGUUCCUUAGUGGUCCAGUCUCAGUCCUGACUUGGCCUAAAUCUGCUUUAAAAUCAGAGACAAGAUUUGAAUCUUCCUAUACAUCAAUAAUUCCCAACCAAACUGACUGAGCUUGAGCAAUUUUGACAAACACAAUGUAUAUAUGUUGCCCUAAAACUUGUACAAAGUUGGUGGAAUCUUAUUCAAAAUGAGUCAUAGCAGUAACUGCUGCCAAAAGUGCAUCCACCAAGAGCUAUGCAAUCAAGAUAUCUUUGCUUCUUAUUUUUGAAUCCGUUUAGACAUUUUCUAUGCAUCUCCUUUCACUUUGAAAAUGUGUGUAGAUUGUCUAGAUCAGCAGGAAAACAAAAAUCCUAUUUAAUCACAUUUCAGAUUUAAAUUCAAGGCAGCAAAAUCUGAAGACUGUACAAGCGGUGCGUAGGUUUUCACAAGUGACAACGCAUGCCAAUAUAUCCUCCAAACACCGGCUUCGAGGACAUUAUCACUAUCACUAUUAGCACAUAUUCCAGUAAUGAUUGACAUAUUUUCAUUAAAAAAAAUAUUUAGAAUAAUUUAUUAAUACUAUUUCAACCUUCCACAAGAUAUAGUCCCGACACAAAUCUAGGGUUGCUACCCAAGCCGGCUGGUCGUUCGUUCUAUCGGUUCAGUUGCCAGAGA